UUCAUUCGAUUUGAUUGAGAGUGGAUUUGAGGCUCAAGAACCGAACGCAAAUUGAAAUCUAUUUAGUAUUUAUGUCGUUCAAAACAAUCAAAUUACGAAUAAAAGUCACAAUAACAUAUUUUUAAUACCGACUGUCUGUUAUCUUUAAGCGAUUACCUGUAGCUUUUACUUUGAAAACUUUGGUUUUUGUUCAGUUAUGUGUUCUACCUGUGCAUUCGUCGUGAACUGACUGAAGAUUGCAGGAUUUGAACUAUGGAAGGAAACGCUGAUGGCGACAGAGAAAGAGCCAUCUUAGCAGUUGAUAACGGAGCAGCAGAAGGUGAUGGAGACAGAGGAAGGUAUAGCAUGAUGGUACGUUGUGCAUCACAGUCAUCUCUAGAUGAGUCAUCACAGCGGCCUGCCACCACUGAAAAUACUAUUGGAGGAGCUCAACAUGCAUCAAAGUUGCUUGAGGCCUUAGCGAGGUUGAGACAAGAUGCAACACUCUGUGAUGUUCGGAUACAGGCCCAAGCGGAAUGCGACAGCGAGCCAUCCGAAGGCGUAUGGGCUCAUCGCGCGGUAUUGGCGGCUUCAUCGCCCUACUUCCACGCUAUGUUCACACAGUUCGACGAAAGAACACAACCCACUGUCACUAUACAGAAUGUAGAGCCCCAAGCCUUAGAAGCCAUCAUCGAAUACAUUUACAAACCAGACUCACUGGUCAUCACCGAAGAUAAUGUACAGUCUGGUGCCAAGCCACUGUGUAGUGACGUGUGGGUGUGUGCGGGACAGAGCGUGCUGUCGGCGGCGUCGCUGCUGCAGGCGGGCGGGGUGCGCGAGGCGUGCUGCUCGUUCCUGGCGAGCGUGCUGUCCCCGGACAACGCGCUCGGCAUCCGCGCCUUCGCCGACCUGCACGUGUGCGCCGACCUCGCCGUCUGCGCCGCCAGAUACCUCGACGCGCACUUCCUCGAGGUGUUGGAAACAGAAGAGUUUUUGGCUUUAGCGCCGGACACACUCGCUCAACUACUAGACAGCGACCGCAUCACUGUACCAAACGAAGAAGUAAUAUUAGAUGCAGUACUAAGAUGGAUGCAGCAUGAUGCCGAGUCUCGUCAGCAACAUUUGGGCAUGCUGCUGGAGCACGUGCGGCUGCCGCUGCUGGCCCAGGAUGCCCUGGUCGCGAGGGCUAACGCAGAACCAUUGGCCAGCGCCGGGCUAAGGGUCAAGGAUCUGGUGAUCGAGGCGCUGUCCUUCCACCUGAUGCGGCCCGAGCACCGCGCCGCCGCCGCGCAGGCCAGCGCGCGCGCCCGGCCUCGACAGCCGCCGCGCUCGCCCAAGAUGCUGCUAGUAGUCGGCGGACAGGCACCGAAGGCCAUCCGCGACGUGGAGGCCUACCAUCUUGAGUGUGGUCGGUGGAGACCCUGCGCAGAGCUACUCACGAGGAGGUGUAGGGCUGGCCUGGCCGUGCUCCACGGGAAGGUCUAUGCUAUUGGUGGUUUUAAUGGCACCCUGCGCGUCCGCAGCGUGGACGUGUACGACGUGUGCGCGGACGCGUGGGCGAGCGGGCCCGCGCUCACGGCGCGCCGCUCCACGCUGGGGGUGGCCGUGCUGGGGAACCUCAUCUACGCGGUCGGCGGAUUUGACGGAGCUACGGGCCUAAAUUCGGCGGAGGUGCUGGACCCUCGCGAGGGUGUCUGGAGAACUAUCGCCUCCAUGUCCACACGCCGAUCCUCUGUAGGGGUCGCCGUGUUGGAGGGGAAACUGUAUGCCGUCGGAGGGUACGAUGGAGCUUCUAGACAGUGCUUGCAAACUGUCGAAAGGUACGAUCCGUGCUCGGAUUCAUGGGAGAUGGUGGGCGAGAUGUCGGCCCGUCGGUCCGGCUGCGGCGUGGGGGUGGUGGAGGGGGCGCUGUACGCGGUGGGGGGCCACGACGGGCCAGCCGUCCGCCGGUCCGUAGAGCGGUACCGUCCCGCCACGGGCUGGGCGCCCGCGCCCCCCAUGCAUACGGCGCGCAGAAACGCCGCCGUGGCCAUGCACGCAGGGAAGUUGUAUGUCGUGGGGGGCGACGACGGUGCUGCCAAUUUGGAUACAGUUGAGGUGUUCGACCCGGCCACGGACACGUGGACCCUGCUCCCGGGCAGCAUGUCCGUGGGCCGCUCGUACGCCGGCGUGGCCGUGGUGGAGCGAGCUGCCUGAUGCCGCGCCCCGCCUCCCGCGCACGUGCUGCCCGAGCCCAGCUACGCCAACGUGGCCAUGUUCGGCAGCUCCGCGGGGGCGGGGACUCGCUGGAGGCCGGUCUACCUGCACAGGACCCUCAGGUCUGACGCCAACUCGGUGA